AUGCCGGCCGUACGCGACCACUACAGUGCCAUUGCGAACAUGGCGCCCCGACAGCCUGCUCUAGACGUCCCAGCCAUUGUCUUCGCUGCGCCCAAGACAGCGCCCAUGGCCAAGCGACAGAACGUCAUAUACACCCAGCAAGGCAUAAUACCCACCUACUACAACCUCUCCGGCCCGGAGCCAGGCACCGUCGUCGGCAUAGUCCUAGGCAGCGUGGCCGGCUUCCUCCUCAUCUGCUGGCUCAUUCAGUCGCUGAUGAACACCAACAAUAGGACGGGCACGACGACGGCCAUGGCGGGAGAGGAAGAGAUUGUAGUGAAAAGGCGACGCAAUUCACAUGGCGGACGCAGCUCGCGACGCCGGUCUGAAGUGCGCGAGAUUAGCAGGAGCCCAAGACGGAAUAGUGGGCGGUCGCAGAUUAUUGUCGAGGAGAGGAGGCAAUCGGCGCCAAGAGCGAGGAGCAUCAUCGUCGAGGGACGGCAUCGUGUACCGGGCGAUGAUGUCGUCGAGGUCAUUGAAGAACACGAGGACUACCGCGAGAGGAGAGGCACCCGCGGAGGCCGGGGAUACCGCCUCAUGUUCUCACGCAUCGCACAAUCUUUCAAAAAAGAGACGGCACCAUCCUCCAGCAGGACCCAUCGCUCUGCCAGAAACAUGAGCAGCAACUCUAGUACGACAAUGUUCCGCGGCCUACCCGUUAUCCCGGAUGAAACCUACACCACAAACACUCCACGCAAAAUCUCCAAAUCUUUCCUCGCCGCCGAAGUGGAAGAGGGUGUCGGAAUGCGCGGCCAAGAAACAAUCUCCUACAUCAUUUCCGGCGGCGUCGACCACGAAGACUUCGCGGGCAACAGAGGCACGCUCGAGGCUGGAGACUUGCAAUUCAUGACUGCGGGGAGGGGCAUCAUGCACAGCGAGAUACCCAUCCACAACGACAACGGGGAACCCAAUGUAGGCAUGCAGUUGUGGGUUGACUUGCCCAAAGAAUUAAAGUACUGCGAGCCGAGGUAUCGAGAUCUCAAGGCCAAGGAGAUUCCUGAAGCGGUGGAAGAUGGCGGCAGAGUCCAUGUAAAAGUUAUAAGUGGCCUAGCAUUUGGUGUCGAAAGCAAAAAGGAACUCUCCUACACUCCAGUUUGGUACCUGCACUUCACCGUGCAACCAGGCGGUUCCUUGCACCAGUCUUUACCGCGGACUUGGAACGCCUUUGCCUAUGUCCUCGAGGGCGUUAUUCAAGUGUCUAACGGCAGCGACGCCAAAUCUCCGUCGCGAUCAAUCGGACAAUUCCACAUGGCCGUCUUUGAACAAGAGGGGGACAGCGUAUUCAUCAGCGUCAGCGCGGAUGCAAAAGUGGCUGCAAACUUCAUCCUGGUUGCGGGUUUGCCGCUGGACCAGCCGAUUGUUCAGUACGGCCCGUUUGUGGUUACGAGUAGGGAGGAGGUGCAGCAGGCGGUGAGGGAUUUCCGGAGGGGGGAGAAUGGGUUUGAGAGGGCUGUGGGUUGGGUGAGCGAGAAUAGUAGGUCGAGGAGGAAUUCGGUCGUGGUGUGA